AUGUCUGCAACAAAUCAAGCGCGCACAACCUAUCGCGCCCUCCUCCGCGAACUUCCACGCCGCUCCUUCACCACACCCUCCCCACUCCACCAACAGCUACGCGCAGUCUUCCGCUCAACACCGGCCACAUCUGCAUUUCAAUCAGAAUCGCAAUCCAACACCCUCCCAUUCUCAAUCCCAAAAACAGAUGAACAACGCACCCUCCGCGUCCAAGAAGCAGAUCAAUUCGCUCAAUAUGCCCGCGCCCAGCGCGUCUACUCUGAGCUCCUCGAGCGCUAUAACCCUGGUAUGAGUAUGGAUGAGGAGGAGAAGAUUCGUCUUACGGCUAGACGGGUUGGGUUUGAUUUGCCUGAGUUGCAUGUUCCUGAGAAGGAGUAG